ACCAUGAACAGGUGUUGCUGUGCAAAUUCUUCAAUUAUUGUUUGAUAGUCAAACAAUUAUUGUUUGAUUAUCAAUUGCAAUGUCGUAUCAAUACGUGGAAAAGUUUUCGGCCAAGUCAUUAGCGAGAUAUCUAGUAAAGUUACGAUUAAUUGGGCUUGAUUCUUAGCCCUACAAGUACCAUGCCAACUCUUGUAUAAACGACCCGAUAGAAUGGCACAGUGUGAAAGUACUCAAACGUGUAUAAUUAUCUUAUAUUGAAAAAAAAACAAAAACGGAAGACAACGUUUACACGAUAUAUAAUGAGCUGAACACUCAUAGUUAGGCUAUAGCUCUCGCAGCUUUCCUAUUAGUACUACUUCCUGCAUUCCACGGUUGAUAGCUUUCAGACACAACAUUCUUCUCUACUUUUCAGUAGCUUGUUUUUGUGGGAAAACAUGCACUAAAAGGACAAACUUACAUAGCUGGUUGACUUCUUAUAGAUAUUUGCAAUGUCAUUGUGUUUCUUACGCAAAGGCUGUUUACUUUCUGGAAGAUUUUCCUUUAAAAACAUAAUUCAUAACUCAUUUCUGAGCAACUCAAGAAAUGCUUUUGGUAUAAGUGGGCAGAAUACAUGGAAAGCAUGGUAUCAUUUUCCAACAUCUAGUCCAAAGGUACUCCACAAACUUAAGGUCUUGACAAGAGGAUCAGUUACAGUAGUUUCUCCACAACCUUUUACAGAAAUCUCAUCCAAAGCUCAAAAAGUUGUUGGAAGUUGGCUUAUGGUGUGUAGUGGGAUGGUGUUUGGAACUGUUGUUUUAGGCGGUGUGACUAGAUUAACCAAGUCAGGCCUUUCUAUGAUUGAUUGGCACCCUUUUAAGGAGUUUCCUCCCAAGACAGAUAAGCAGUGGGAAGAAGAAUUUCACAAAUAUCAGCAGUAUCCAGAGUACAAAUUGAUGAACCAUGAAAUGACGCUACAGGAGUUUAAGAAGAUCUGGUACAUGGAGUAUGUCCAUCGAAUGUCUGGACGAAGUAUUGGAGCCAUCUUUUUCUUACCUGCUGCAUAUUUUUGGUAUAAAGGUUACUUUUCCAAAGCCAUGAAACCACGAGUUGUUGCUUUUGCUGGGCUUUUGGCCUUCCAAGGACUGUUAGGUUGGUAUAUGGUAAAGAGUGGGUUGGAAGAGAAGGAAGGACCAGAUGCUGUCCCACGAGUUAGUCAUUACCGUCUUGCUGCUCAUCUUGGAACAGCUUUUGUUUUCUACAGUCUCCUAUUGUGGUCUGGGCUUUCACAUCUUCUACCCCCUCAGACAACACACGUAACAGCCCAGGUGAGAAAGUUUCGGAUGAUGGCACAUGCAACAAAAGGUGUUAUAUUUUUGGCUGCACUUUCUGGUGCUCUUGUAGCUGGGCUUGAGGCUGGUUUAGUCUACAACUCAUUUCCUAAAUUUGCAGACCGCUGGAUUCCUUCUGACAUAUUGGCGUACUCUCCAAAACUACGAAAUGUUACUGAGAACCCAACCACAGUUCAGUUUAAUCACAGAAUUCUGGGUGAAACUGUGGCCUGUUUGGUACUAGGUUUGUGGAUAUAUUCAAGAAAAGUACCACUGCCACCACGAGCAAGGAUGGCUAUGAAUUAUGUCCUUGUUGUAGGAGCAUUACAAGUUAGCCUUGGAAUUGCAACUUUGCUUUUUUAUGUUCCGAAAGUUUUAGCUGCAUCACACCAGGCAGGGGCUCUGACACUGCUUUCAACAGCAAUCUGGUUAACACAUGAAAUGAAGCUGCUUCGUAGGUUACCCAAGUAAGGAAGACUUCCAGAAACAAGAAAGGGAACAAUAUUUUGUAACUUUUGAACUGUGAUUGUUGUUAGAGUUCUUGUUGUCAGAAAGCAAUACAUAGACAGAAUUGUGAUUUAAAAUGAAAGGGGUCUUGAAACAUGUUCUAUGUAUAUGCAAGUAAUAAAUGAGGGGUGUGUUGUUAAACUGUUUAAUCUUCUUUCUUUAUGGGCAUGUAGGUGACUGGCUGAGUAAAUAUCAAAUUCACAGCUGCUUCACUUUCUGUUAUUUAAGACCAUUAUUUUAAUUGGAAAGGUGUCAAAAUAAUACUUUUGUUAAAAACUGUAAGGAUUCCCAGGGCUUAACAAAUGCAUAACCUUAAAAAACUAACACAAUAAUCAAACUUACUUAAGUAUUUCUUAACUGCUUUUAGAAGAAGGCUAUUAAAUAAUUUAUCAUGAGUUAACUGAAGAAAACUAACAUGGUGGAAAUUUAAAGGUUUGUUUUUAUAAAGGUUUUACUACAUACAUACAAAAUAUCAAUAUUUAACAUUUAUGUGUGUCAUAUAAAAAUUAUAACCAAAAUUUGUUAUUGGUAAUUUAUGUAGUUAAUUACUUUAGAAAUAAAACACUGAUAAAAAAAUUUCUAGGCAGAGGUACCUCCCAAUUUUUCACUUUGAUCAGCUAACAUAUUAGACUAGAUAGUUUAAUUUUAAGUAUUACUGAUUAUAUUAUUGAUAUGAUUAGCAAUGCAUAAAUAAAUGUGUUUGUGUUGUGACUUUAUAAACGUUAUUAUUCAUUGCUUGUGUAAUUUUCUAUUGGUUGGAAAGAAAAUCAAGUUGAACCUUAAAUGUUUUUGAGUGAACAAUAAAACUAUGUGCUGACUUUUA